AUGGCCGAUGCUGUCGCUCCCGCUGCGGGCUCCGAGCCCAAGGUGAAGCCCACCCGACCUGACGAGGAGACCUUCAAGGCUAGCCUUGCUCAGGCUGAGAAGGAGCACGCUGCUGUUCAGGCGAAGCUGAACGAAGUCAAGGCCAAGAUCGAAACCGCCAAGCCCAACAACCAGGACUCGCCCGCCGCAAAGAGACAGCAGGAGCUCCGCGCUGAACUCUCCUCCAUCCGCCAAAAGCAGCAGGGAUUCAAGGCCUCAAGAACCAGCACCCAGGAGAAGAUCAAUGGCCUCGACGCUACGCUCAAGGCCCGCAUCGCUGAGCAGAACAACUCCCGCGGCCGCAUGUCGUUCAAGAAUGUCGAGGAGCUCGACCGCGAGAUUGCCCGUCUGGAGAAGCAGGUCGACUCUGGCACCCUGCGCCUGGUGGACGAGAAGAAGAUCCUGGCCGAUAUCUCGAGCAUGCGCAAGCAGCGCAAGAACUUCGCCAGCCUUGACGACGCCCAGAACGUGAUUGACGACCUGAAGUCGCAGAUCUCUACGCUCAAGAAGACGCUCGACAACCCCGAGGCCAAGGCCCUCAGCGACAAGUACACCGAGAUCCAAAAGGAGCUGGAUGCGAUCAAGGCGGAGCAGGACGGCGCAUUCAAGAACCUCAACGCUCUCCGCGACGAGCGCACCAAGCUGCACGGCGAGCAGCAGAAGAAGUGGGCUGCCAUCCGUGAGGUCAAGGACAACUACUAUAAGGCCCGCAAGGCGUACAAGGAGUGGGAGGAUGAGGCCUGGAAGAUCCGCCGCGAGAAGCAAAAGGCUCAGCGUGACGCUUUUGAGCGCGAGAAGAAGAGGAAGAUUGCCGACAAGAAGCUCGAGGAGGCUUCGCGCCCUGCUUACACCGACGAGAUCAUCGUCGCUCAGGGACUUAUCCGUCACUUCAACCCUGCUUACGACUUUGCUUCGCUCGGUCUCGAUGACAAGAAGGGUCCCAGCUCCGCCUUCCGCGCUGAGAUUGGCCGUACCGUCGACGACUCUGGCAUCAAGGGUAUGAAGGUCCUGAAGAAGGAGGAAGACGACUACUUUGUCGGGACUGGCGGCAAGAAGGGAAAGAAGGGCAAGAAGGGCAGCGCCAACGGCAGCCCCGCGCCUGGCACCCCUGCCGAGGCCAAGUUCAACAUGAACGUUGGUAUCAUCGAGGACUUUGCCAAGGUCAAGAUUGACCCUCCCAUGAACCAGUCCGACGUUCCGGCUGUUGUUGAGAAGCUUGCGGCCAAGAUCACCGAGUGGAAGAAGGACCAGGCUUCCAAGACUGAAGAGGUACGUUACCUUUUGCGAUAUGUGUAA